GUCAAACAUCGAUGUCUUGUACAGCAUUUUUCAGUCGGACUUUGGACUUGCUGAGAAAGAUGUUGAGGAUGAAGCGUUUGAUGGUUCUUCAACAUCAUCGAAAUUCGACAGCGUUUGAAUCUUCAUUGUCGAAAUUAACUGUAGUAAGUAGAAACCAUGAUCACAAAGAGAUGCUUUACCUUCCUUCUCAAAGAACUACCUAUCGAUUCCUCGACUUUUUUCAGUUAGGUGAUAAAGAGGCCAUCGCCAAAGAGCGUGCUAGACUAUCGGAUGAAAUGAAUAGAGGGUAUUUUGCUGAUAUGCAAGAGCUUAAGAAGCAUGGUGGUAAGAUUGUAGUGGCAAGUGACACAAUUGUUCCAGCAAUAGAAGCUGUAAAAUUCCCAUCCUUGGAUGCAACUUUCUCUGAUGGUACAUGUAUUAAGUUACCUGUUGCUUCUGAAGAAAAUGCUGAUGGAGGCAGCAAAAUGAUCACGCCUCAUGCAUCCUUGAUAUGUCUUUCUUUUCGAGCACACUCUCAGAAAAUGAUUGAUUCUUGGAGUGUACCAUUCGUUGAUGCAUUCAGUGCUUCUGACAAUCUCCGUGUGUAUGAGGUGUCAAUCAUAGAAUCGUGGUUCUUAUCAUUGAAGCCUAUUAGAUGGUUACUUCUUCGGUCAACACGACGACCUAGUAGUGAUGGAAAGAACGGGACACUUCAAAGGCAGCAAGUUUACUCAUUUGGCGACAAGUACUACUUCAGGAAAGAGCUUAAAAUAUUGAAUCUUCUCACAGGGUAUAUUUUUCUGCUCGACAAGUUUGGAAGAAUUAGAUGGCAGGGUUUUGGUUUGGCAACAGAAAAAGAGUUGAAUUCACUUAUAACAUGUACUUCCCUCUUGUUGAAAGAGAAGUAAAGUCUUCACAACUGCUGAGAAAGCUUGAACUUAGGUGGAAGCAAUUUUUCUUCUGACUUUAUUGAAUUGAAGGAUGGAGAAAAGAAUAAUUUAGCCAAGAAAUUCAGUCACUCCGUGUUUUGAAUUACGCAAGGUUGUCUGAGUAGUUUGAGUUUACAUGUUCAACACAAAGCCAACCAAACAUAUACAUAUUUGCAGUUAAUUGUUGUGUACGUCAGUUAAAAAAGACGUAGGAAUGGUUAUUUGAAAAAUACUUGUUGUGUACAUGAGUACAUCAUCGUUAUUGCUUAUGCCUUAGAUGUUUUGA